UGCGCCAGACACAGCCAGACGCGGACGCAGCAUGAAGACGCCGAGGCCGCUGCCGCUCCCGCUGCUGCUGCUCCUGCUGGCGGCGCUGUCCGGAUGGAGCGGCCGUGCUGGGGCAUCGCCCGCCGGGGAGGUGGGCAUUCCCUCAAACAAUCUGCUGCUGGGGCCGACCUUCGACGCCCGCCUCGCCUACGGAGGAAAACUGCUGGCUCCGGACAAGGAGCGUGCCGACCAGGGCUACGUGUACGAAAAGCCGCCGCAACCGUUCACCUACCCCACCAGAGGGACAACCACCACCACCGCCGCCAGACCCUUCACCUACACUACUAGGAAACCAGUCUCUUAUCUUCCCCCUGUAACCACUACCACAGCUAGACCCUUCACCUACACCACUCCGAAACCAGUCUCUUAUGUUCCCCCCUCGACUACCACCACCGCUAGGCCCUUCACCUAUACCACUCCGAAACCAGUCUCUUAUCUUCCCCCUACAACCACUACCACCGCUAGGCCCUUCACCUAUACCACUCCAAAACCAGUCUCUUAUCUUCCCCCUACAACCACUACCACAGCUAGGCCCUUCACCUAUACCACUCCAAAACCAGUCUCUUAUCUUCCCCCUACAACCACUACCACAGCUAGGCCCUUCACCUAUACCACUCCAAAACCAGUCUCUUAUCUCCCUCCGUCAACUACCACCACAGCUAGGCCCUUCACCUACACCCCACCCACCACAACUGCGAGACCCUACACAUAUACAUUCGCUACAUCCACUCCUAAACCAGUCACCUACCUCCCUCCCACAACAACUGUGAGACCCUAUACUUACACAUCCCCUACGACCACUUUCAAACCAGUCUCCUACCUCCCUCCUGUAACAACUGUCAGGCCAGUUACUUAUACAUAUUCGACUACUACUGCCAAACCCUUUACUUACACCUAUCCUACGACAACUCGCAAACCCUAUUCCACAACCACAGCUCGACCUUCUACUUAUACAACGAGACCAACGUAUGCUACAACUGGUUAUACGACGCAGUCGCCGAGGGUAACGUUUACGUACCCCACGAGGCCACCGACUACCACUGCGAGGCCCUACACGUUCACCACUACAACGAGGCGCCCGACGUUCACGACUCCGAGGCCGACGCCGCCGCCCACUACAGUUAGAACGGCACCUCCUGUUACUGGAUAUAAGUACCCGUCUCCAACCGUCACUUUCACGUAUCCCACCAGACAGCCAACCACCACUGCGAGACCCUUCACCUACACAACCACCAGCAAGCCCAUUACCUACACCUACAGCACUACUACAGCUAAGCCCUUCACAUACACCUAUCCAACGACCACUUUGAGACCAUACACAUACAGCACCGUCAGAACAACCGGUUACCCCACAGUAUCUCCAAGUGUUACAUUCACCUACCCAACGAGACCUACAACCACCAGUGUCAGACCAUAUACAUUCACUACAACGACCAGGAGACCGACUUUCACCACUCCGAGGCCCACAUAUUCGACAACAACACUGAGGCCUUUCACUGUUACAACUCGACAGCCAACAUUCAGCACCUACAGACCCUCUCAGUCUACAACAGUCUUCACCGGCUACCAGAAGGAAUCACCUAGUAGGCCCUUCACGUACCCAACAACACAGAGACCUUUCACAUAUAGUACUACAACAGCGAGACCAACAUUCAUCACAACAACCACAAGGAGGCCAACAACAACAUUCCGACCUACAUUCAUCACGACAACUACAAGGAGGCCAACAACAACAUUCCGACCUACGACAAUCUACACUACGAGACUGCCAACCACUACUCUCCGGCCGUACACAUUCAGUACGACGACACAAAGGCCAACUUUUUCGACUCAGACAACCCCCAAAAUAACUGGGUAUCCCAAGGAAACACCCAGCAGACCUUUCACAUACCCUUCAAGACUGCCAACGACAACCACACCUCGGCCUUACACGUACACCACUACAACUACUUUACGACCAGUCACUUUUACCACGACCUCUCCAAGGCCAACUUAUACAACAACAAGGCCGACAUUUACAACACCACGCCCCACGUACAGUACCCCUAGGUACACGUACACCACUCCGAGGCCGACAUAUACGACUCCGAGGCCGACAUACACGACUCCGAGGCCCACAUACACAACUCCUCGGCCAGUGACGUAUCCCAGCACGCAGACAAUCUUCACUGGCUAUCCAAAAGAAUCACCUAGCAUCCCGUUCACUUACCCGACACCAGGAGCUCCUGCAGGAGACGCGAGGAAGAGUGCAGGACAAUCAUUCUCAUAUCCGGCACUCUUUCCGGGAGCAGAUUUUGACCUGCGCCUCUUGAAGAAGAGGUCUGCUCCCGUGAUUACAGGAGAGCUGCAGAGAAAGGAACGAGCCGACGAUGGAAAGUACCGGCCGGAGAAGCACGGCGGCGGUCGCUACGUGGACGACCCCCGGCGCUGGGAGCUGCGCGAGUCCGUACCCGGAGAGCCCGGCACCGACUACCCCGUCUACAGCACCAUCCCGAGCACCGCCUUCUCCUGCCAGGGGCGCUCCGAAGGGUACCACGCCGACCCGGAGACGCGCUGCCAGGUGUUCCACGUGUGUGCGGGUCCGUCGCCGGUGCCCAAGUCGUCAGCGCUGUGCCCCAACGGGUCGGUGUUCAACCAGGACAUCGGCACCUGCGACUGGUGGAACAACGUCGACUGCCCUGGCUCCGCCGUCUUCCGCGCUGGCAGCCCGCACCUGCCCAUACCGGAGUACUCGGGCAACCUCGUCCUGCCGCAGGCCGAGCGGCUGGUCGGCCGCCCCCUGGCCAAGCUGAGCACACCCGCGGCGCCGUCGAGCCGCGCCACCACCGAGGCCGCAGCCUCCGACUUCCCUCCCCCAGCACAGGACACUUCUGCAGCUGAGGACAAAGAAGGAAGUCUGGUGCUGGCGACGGGUCUGGAGCCGCCGCUGGAAAGUGACCCAAGCCUCCAGAAGCUGGAUGCGCCGCCUCCGGUGAUCAAGCUGAAGGCCUUCUCCAGUAGCUUCAGCCACGCUGAUGGAUAUUUGCCUCCAGGUGCGGCUCGUGGCGCCGAAGUGAUCAUCCCGACACCCGGAAGCAGUGCGGGCAGUACCGUGAGACUGAGCGCAACCGUUCCGCAGAAGGUUGGUGCCCCUGCCCUUUCGUUUGGACCUGUAUCGACGUCCACCACGCCGCGCCCUGUGACUCUGACAGAGGGGCCAUCACCGCUGUCGGAAUCAGGCUCUAGUACCGCCUCUCCACAGCCAGACAAUUCCGUCUCUUCGACACCGAGCCCAGUUCCGUCAGAAUCACCACGCCCCAUGCAGGACUACACUGCUUACCCGCCGUCUACAGCGUUCUCAGUGAGCUCAUCUGGGGACGUGGCACUCGUUUCGUCCACACCGAGCCCACUGCCAGUUACGAACGCCGUCACUGUGGAAACAUUUGUACCAUCAUCCACCCCAGCACCGGGCUUUUACACAGCAACGGUUCCUCCUCUGGCGCUGACCACAGUUUCUGGCGGGGCACCAGGAUUCACACAGACUGUCGUCUCUUCUACACCAUACCCCUUAUCUAACGAAUCUCCAGAAUCCCUACAAGAAUUACACAUUUCCUCUCCCGCGCAGAGACUGGGUGAUAUACUGCUGUCUUCAACUCCAGCUCCCCCUGCAGCAGUAUACUAUACAGAGACUGGAACAGCUAGAGGCGAAACCGUAGACAGUGGACGUGUAGUACUCUCGGCAAAGCCGACGACAGCCAGUGAUACUAUCUUGCGUGAUUUGCAACUGUCUUCAUCUCCAGCUUCACCUUUAUCAAAAUACUUCUCAGGGUCUGGUACAACUGGGACUGGAAUCGUAGACAGCACUCCUACAGUUAGCGAUACAGUAUUCAAUGUGGCGCCUAUCACACGCGGGGAGCCAUCUACUGUUCUGACUGAUUUACUGGCGAUCAACGGCGCGACACAGUCGACGGCAGCUCCGAAACAGUAUUCGAGUCCCUUGCCGCCACCACUUGCUAUACUAGGCCGUGACAGAGUAUCUCCACUAAACCGCUUCGUGUCAUUCCGGCCAUCGCCAUCCGUCAGCGACCUUCUUCUACCUGCUAAUUUCGUAUCCUCAUCGCCGUCUCCAUUUUCGCUAGAAGCGACAUCUGCAGCUUUCUCUGGGAGCAACGAGCAGCCCGUGACGACCCCCGCUACGUUGAUCUACGCCGAACACUCGGUGCCUAUAUCCUCGCCUAGCUCGUCGCCACAGACGGACCAGCUUCCACCUUUGCCUGUAGCGUCAGAGCUCAAAUUCUCGCCCUCGCUGCAGGAUACAUCUGGACCGAAUAGUUUACCCUCAGCACUGUCUAGAUUCAGGUACGGAGAGAAACUUUCUAGCAAGUACUCAUCCUCCAUACCAGGACAAAGUCUCUCUCGUAGCCCUUCCGUGGUCUCUAUAUCUAAACCGCUGACCGAUAGCAGCAGUACCAUAAUUUCUCCAUCCUCAUCCCCUUCUGCUUACAACCAACUCUCCAACCAGCAGGGCGACGCGUUACCGGAGCUGUCAUUGUCACCAGUACAAUCAACGAGUCUUACAAUUCAGGACGGAAGCCGUACCCAGUCACCUGCUACAUCAGCAUAUUUUGCCCUCUCAGAGCAGUCAGCGACUUCGAAACAGCAAGGAAAAGUGUCUGUACAAAUACUGUCAUCCCCAGUCAGUGCGUCCCUGUCGCCUGUCGGUGCCUCUUACGCGCCUACUGAAAGUCUGACGAGCGAAUCGCUUGCCGGAGGUGUGGUGUCCGGUAACUCGCAGCCCGGCGCCGUCGUGCAGCAGGGAAGCUACGGCCUGGCGGGUACCCCGCAACAGGUGGAUCUGGUGCAGCGAGCACAGGUGUCGGUGGAGGUGGUGCCGUCGUUGUCCACGGACCUGGGGCGUCCCGGGGUGGAAGCGGCCAGCAGCGAGGAGCCGCGACCGUCGACGCCGUCGCCGUUCCGCCAUGCGGGCGGCCUGCGCGUCGUCGUGCCGGAGCCGGAAUCGCUGUACGGCGAACCCGUGGCCGGCCGUCCGGCCCAACCGUCGCCCGACGUCGACCAGCCUCCCCUACUGGUGCCGUCCAUCUCCUUCAGCUUCGACACUCCCGAAGGACGCCAGGAGUUCGAGGCUGCCGUCGCCGCUGGUCUGUUGGAUUCGUCGAGGCGAUAA